AUGAGCUCAGAAGCUAUUGUGGCUUCGGUGUCACCUACAAGUACAUCAUCUACUACUACAACAACAACUACAGGUAAUAAGAUAGGCCAGAAACGUUUGGCAAUGGUCUGCGCAAGUAAUCAGAAUAGAAGUGUUGAAGCACAUCAUCUAUUCCUGUCAAAGGGCUACAGGAACAUUAGAUCAUUUGGUACCAGUGGCAAUUGCAAGCUGCCAGGCCCCUCCCAGGACAAGCCAAACAUCUUCCCCUUUGGCACACCCUAUCAAGCGAUACACGAGUCACUGCGCCAGCAGAACCAGGAGCUGUACACUCAAAAUGGCAUCCUGAACAUGUUGGAGCGCAAUCGGCGAGUGAAGCUGGCACCCGAGAAGUGGCAGGAGGAGCAGCUCGCCCGCUUCGACCUCGUCUUUACCUUUGAUCAACGUGUGUUUGACAUGGUCAUUGACGACAUGACACAGCGAGACAUUGGCAACAGUAGCAUACCAAUACAACCGGUGCACAUUAUCAAUCUUCAAGUGAAGGACACUCAUGAAGAGGCUGUAGGAGGUGCACAACAUGCAUUACAGCUGGUCAACAUCAUAGACGACGAUGAAAACUGGGAAGACUCACUAGAUGACAUCCUAGACAAGUUUAGCAAGCGCACUGGUCGACCAAUUCUCUAUGCCUUAAUGUUCUAUUGA